CCCCAUACUCCCUUGGCACACAGAUACCCAUCUCUUCAUCCCUCGCUCGUUCUGUUGUUUUCAUUGUAUUUUUUUUUUAUUAAUCCCCCUAUCUAGGUUAAACCUCCCGGGCCACCGAGAGUCUAGCAUCUCUUCAACCCUUCCUUUCACCGCCCAUCACCUACUUCAUUUGUGGUUAAAGAGUGCAUUAAAUAAUCAUAAUAAGCAUUAAUGGGGAUUCCCUGAGAAUUGAAGCCAAACUGCAUGGAUUACAUUAGGAAAACCUUGUGGCAUGUCGUUAUUGUCUUUUUUUAUUCUUUAAUUUGACAAAAGAGCCUCUUGUAUGUGGUUUUCUCACAACUAAUCACCUUUCUUUCCAUCUCUGUCAUUAUGUGAUGUCAUGCACUCGGUCUAAAUACAGUACAUGUGUAAAUCCCUCCAUCCCUUUUUGUCUCUUGCACACAAACACCCACAGUGAGUGUGAGAGAGAGAGAGAGAGAGAGAGAGCCAAGUUCAGUCCUGAUCAUUGGGACCCUCAGGACCACACCAAUUUAAAUCUUCCAUUCACUUGCUUAAGUUAGACUCAAAUGUGUUUGAAUAUGGUAUAAUUAAAAUAAAUAUACCGAUUUCUAUCCCCACAAUAUAAAUAGCUUUUUUAUUAGCUAUAGUUGUUAGUAUUUUAAACAAACACUCUGCACUGGAAGGACUUCAUUUGCCCCUGGAUGUUAUGGAUUUGCUAUUUCUGCAGACAGAACAUUUAGUUUUUGUGGGAACGGCAUCGACGACAUAGUUGUGGAUUAUUUUAACACGAAUUCUGACUGAGAACAAUUAAUUUAGGAAGUUUUUUUUAUUUCAAUGACUCUGGGCGUUCUUUCGCGCGACUGUGGACGAUGAUUCAAGUUCUCCGCGGAUUUCAAAUCAAGAGUGAAACUGACGGAUAGGCGUCGGGAUUUGAAGGAGUCGUUCCUCUCUUGAAACAUCCCUCAGGGAUUCUCGCCUCUCUCCGAAGACCUGUUUCCCAUCAUCCGUCAGCGAGCACAAAGACCAGGCGCAUACUGGAACUGAAAACACUGUAGUUUUCUCCUGAAGCCUUAUACAACUCAGGAUGCAAACCGUUCCAACGGUCAGCGGGCUCUGUAAACGCAUCUAAUCGCAAACAAAUUCACACGAGCGUGACAGACGUGGAAGCACCCACAUUAGGCUGCUGCAAAUUAAGAUACUUGAGAAAGACAGAGGUGGUUUACAGUAGUCAUGGCAGCCAUAGCAACUGUCCCUAACUACACCCCAUCGAUAUGGGUACGGUUAUGCCAUGCCAUUCCUCGCCUGGACUUGACUCUGCAGACCCGAGGCAGCGUGUUCACUCCAGACAGCUGGGAGUAUCAGCAGACUCUUCUGGUCCUUUCCAGCUUCUCUGCCAUUGCUCUCGUCCUCUCGUUACUUGUAGUUCUCUCCUUCCUCAUCCACUACUGCUGCUGCCAUUGUGGUGAGGGCGGCCGGGAUGCAGAGGAAGAGGAGGAAGACGAUGAUGCCAGCGGCAGAAAGGGGCGGGGCAUCUGCUGUGUCACAUGGGUAUCGGUUGCAGCCGUCACAUUGUGUUGUGUUGCCAUAGGCAUCGGUUUCUACGGCAACAGUGAGGCGAACGAUGGGAUGUAUCAGUUGACCUCAUCCUUGCUCACUGCCAAUUACACACUGGCUUCCAUCGAUCUUCUGGUUUCAGACACCGUAGUCGGGCUGCAGCAGUCUGUCUCAGGGCCCUUGACCUCCAUGGAGGAAGUGUUCGGUGGACAUAAGCCGGCACUCGUGCCCACACGCUCCUGCAGGCGUCUGUCAGAGCGAGUCAUGUCUCUCCUCUCCAACCUGACACUGGGAAGAGGUCUGAUCCCCAUUGCAGAUGGAUUUUACAGGGCAAAUGGAAGUGAAAGCAUAGUGGCAGCGCUCACCCCAGCACCUCCUUCUGUAGCCCCCACUCUCAGUCCAUCCGCCAACAGCAUUCCUGCACCCUUCUCCCCUGGCUGGGCAGCAAACACACUCAUGGUGAAUGAAGACUACAGGUGGCUGUCAUACGUGCUGCUGCUUUUACUGGAUCUGGUGGUGUGUUUCUUUAUUCUUCUGGGUUUAGCCAAACAGGCCCGCUGGCUACUUAUUCUGAUGACAGUGCUGGCCUGGUUGGCUCUGUUUCUGAGUUGGGGAUCUCUCGGCCUGGAGACAGCCACAGUGGUGGCCCUGAGUGAUUUUUGCUUUGACCCGAACACUUUUGUGCUUAACUCCACUCACUUCAACUCUAGGACAAGCACAGAAAUCCUGGAUUAUUACCUAACCUGCAGCAGGAAAAUGAGCAGCCCUUUUCAACAGAUACUGACCCAGUCCCAGAGAGCACUUUCCAGCAUCCACUCUCACCUUUCCAGUCUGGAGAGAGACGCCCUCCCACGCUUUCCAAAGGCAGGGAAGUCACUCAGGGAGGUGCAGCAGAUCCUCAACACCACUGAGGGCAACUUUCACCAGCUGGUCGCACUUCUCAACUGUCGAGGGCUGAACAAGGAUUAUGUGGACUCUCUGAAAGGCCUGUGCUAUGAUGGGAUGGAGGGGUUGCUCUAUCUUUCGCUGUACUCGUUUCUCUCGGCUUUGGCGUUCACAGCUAUUCUUUGCUCCCUCCCUGGAGCCUGGAGGAGUUUCCACAGCAAUUCAGAGGAAUAUGAGGACUCCGACAGCGAAAGCGAGGACCCCUUCACUUCUCAUCAGGCACGUAGACCGACGGCCACGGGCUCCCAGCGAGGGGCCUUGCCCCCCUUCUAUAGUUACCAGGGGGCCGGCUGGACUCCCCCCUUUUCUAGCGCACCUCCGUUACCGACUCCAAACGUUUCCUCCAAUGGCAACCCUGGUUAUGAGAACCUGCCUUUGAGUGACAGGCAGUCCCCACCCCCCUCUUACUCUCCCAGCAUGCUGACUGGCUACGGCGGCAGUCAAUCACACUCCAACCCGUCCCAUUCAAGAAACCUGUACUCACACUAAUUAUUUUUCUGUACAGUAGAAAAGACAGAUAUAGAGCAAGGUUUAGUUUUCAUAUGGAUGGACACUUUAUGAGACGAGAGACUAAUUUAAAACUCUAGAUGUUAAAUAUCUGUGUGUAACGUCAGUACCAUUGAGUCAUUUGGGUGUAACAGACAGAAAAGGCUGUGCGCGUCAUAUAUAGUCGUCUGAUCCUAUCACUUCCUCUCCCUCUAGUGUCAUGCUGUACAUAGCUGGUGGAAACAAGAUGGUAUUGACGUUACAGUAGUGGUCUAUUUUUAAAUGUAUAACCACUUUAUUUUGGAGGUUUUAUAUUGUUACAUGUAGUCACAGAUACGUAGUGGCAAUGGCACAAUUUCUUUGUAUGAUUAUGCAGUUUUUUCUUCACCUUUCUUUCAUUUUUUUAAAUAUUUGACAGGACCCUAUUUUAUAAGUGGCAAUUCUGUAUGACCUUGUAUGCCCUCUGAUACAAUAUGAUUAUUUAUUUAUAUAAUAUAAAUAUAUAUAUAUUCACUGUAUAAACGUUUGAUUAAUGCAUUUUGAUGAUCAAAGAAAGAAAACAAAUCUGUAAAACAUUGUUGAGGGCUAGUGUCCGUUUCCUCUGCUGGCUCUGAGCAAUACAACUGCGUUUUGCCAUUUGCAAUACAAUGGCUACAAUGUAAGCAGCAAUAAUCAUCGGGACAUCUUGCAAACACCAUCUGUGUCUGUGUGUGUCAGAGGUUCUCAUGACAUGUUCGGUAUAUACCGUCUAUAGAUAUAUAUAUACAGUGGGGAAAAAAUAUAUAUAUAUAUAUAUAUAUAUUCAUUUGAAAUUGCAUCGGUCCCUUCUCUUGGCUAUCAACCUGUUGUUAAUCCUUAAAUAAUGAGUUUCUAUGCUCCUUUUGAAUGGCAUCCUUUUUCACUACAGAGUC